AAGGCUUGCACCUCUUUCUCUCUUGCGGAGUAGGGCGCAUGCGGUGUUUGGGGAUUUUGCUAGCCUAGUUGUAGCAAGCUGUGCCUCUGUGUGAAACGAUUAACCAAUAAGGCCUUGUUCAAACGUCGGUAACAAGCUAGCUAGGUCUCUCUCACAUUCUUUGUUCUGUUAUAUUUUAUGUUGGAGGCAGUUCAGGUCGUUAUCUUUAUAGGUAGGCUAAUCCACAUAAAAUGACUGAUCAAUCAUCACUGUUGCUUCGAAAACAACUGGCAGAGCUCAACAAGAACCCUGUGGAGGGAUUUUCUGCCGGUCUCAUAGACGACGAUGACAUCCAUCAGUGGGAGGUGGUUGUUAUUGGCCCUCAAGAUACAUUAUUCGAGGGUGGUUUCUUUAAAGCCUACCUGACCUUUCCCCAUGACUACCCACAUAGGCCUCCGAAGAUGAAGUUCAUCACAGAAAUAUGGCAUCCCAAUGUUGCAAAGAAUGGUGACGUGUGUAUCUCUAUCCUGCACGAGCCCGGUGAGGACAAGUUUGGCUAUGAGAAGCCUGAGGAGCGCUGGCUGCCCAUUCACACUGUAGAGACCAUCAUGAUCAGUGUCAUCUCAAUGCUGGCCGACCCAAACGGCGACUCGCCCGCCAAUGUGGACGCAGCCAAAGAAUGGAGAGAGGAUCCUUGCGGCGAGUUCAAGAGGAAGGUGGCUCGCUGUGUACGAAAGAGUCAGGAGAUGGCAUUUGACUAGGCCCCCUCCCCCACACACCCUAAAUUUUAACAUCGGGAGAUCCAUCAUGUCACUCUUCAAUAAAGACUUUUGCACCAGUGCGCUGCUCUUAGGAAGAUGUGGAAUAAAAAGCCAGCCCUUUUCUUUAGUUGUGUAAAUAGGGUCGUCUCAUUUCUUCCAUGUGGAUGUGGGGAGGAAAAACAUCCCCUCAUGGUUAUUGCUCAGUUUUCUAAACCUUAGACUUUUAUUUAUUUCAAUGAUAAUUAUGACAACUCAAGAUGCAUGUUUUUUUGAGUGUAUUCUUUUUCAACCUGCCACUGAGCCAUCUACUUUAGUCUUGUCUCUUAUGCAAUUGGAGUUUGGAGCGUUUGUGGUCAUUGAAGAGAUGAAUACCAACCAACAAUGGCUUUCGUUGCCCCUGUUCUUUAUGUUUGGAAGCCCAUUCUUCCAAAGUGUUCUGCAAAGUCCUUUCUCUCAAAAGGGUUAAUACACUCUGCUGCCUUAAGUUGUUUCCCUGUAAGCUAAGGAAGCCGUCUCCAGUGAUGUCUGCAUUUCUUCGGUUUUUGAUCAAUAAUUUUUUUGGGUUAAACCCAAAAAAAACUAAGAAUAUUAGCAUGAGGAACAGAUAUUUUUUGUAAUAAAGAUCUCAGCUCUAAUUGUAUUUUUUGUGUAUGUAAAUAUUAUGUACUGUAUAUCAUAGAUAUCAAAUGAUUUGUCCUUUGGGUUUUCCCCUUUGUGUACUUAAGGUACUACUAUCAGUGACGUUUGUAUACUUGAUUUCCUUUCUAGGAUAUUUCUUUCAGGGACGUCUGUGUUCAGUGUCAUUUUCCCUUUACAUCUAUCCUUGUGAGUGAAUAAUUAAGCUUUGGUCAUCUGUUAACAUGUACAGAAAGAAAAGUAAUCACAUUUCAGAUGGUUGUCUUUUUUGUUUGAAAGUAGUUUGUGUGUAGUCUGUCAAGGAUGUGAAUAAGGUGAUGCCAGUUGACAUUUUCUCCUGUGCAAGCAGAUUAGCCAUAGCACAAUUUCUAUCCAAGAGGAGGUGCUUUAGAGUUGCUUAAGUUGUUAUUCAUGCAAUGCAAAGGAUCAAAAUAAUGGAAGUGGUGAUGGAUUGUUAGAACAAGCAAUAAGACUUGUAGCGCAAUAGUUCAUUUAACUGAUAGUAGUACCACCUAUUCACCUGUGUGGAGUGAAGGCUGGCAUGAGUUGUGAAAUCGCAGGAGUUUUUACACCCACAUUGUUUAACUUGAGCCCAAUAAAGUUUUUAAAACUAA